AUGCCUUCGCAAGAGAUCAUUGAGGUCGUUGACGACGAGGAAGGAAAUGGAAGUCCUGGUCAAUCAAUCAGCCCUGCUGCUGGACAAGCUUCAAAACGUGACAACGACGGCGGCAGCAAGCCGUCGAAAAGAAAAAUCACCCCAAUGACGAACAAUAGCAAGCAAAAGGAGGCUCCCAAGAAGAAGGGAAAGCAACAAGCGGGCAUUAUGGGAUUUUUCAGCAAGAAAAAGUCGCCGUCAACGCCAUUUGCCAGCAAUGACAACAGCAAGGAGCCAACCAAAAAGGUUCCAGCGGCCACUGCUUCUUCCAAAAAGCCUCCAAAAUCCAAUGCGGAGAAGAAGAAGGAGACUACAGCGCCUGAAAAAGGCACCAAGAAUCAGUCAAAAAAGCCCACUCCACCCGUCGCCAAAACCAACACCAAUGCCAAGCCCGCCAGUACUAGUAGUAGUGGAUUCAACAAGUCUCGUCACUCCAAAAUGGACUUCAAAGACAUUGCGGUUGGAAAGCUCACUGGGAAAAAGUCCCCCGACGCGCUGGGUAAGCUGAACAUGCCGAAGGAUGAGAAAAUGGCACCGCCAACCCCAGUCACAAAGGAAGAGUUGGACGCCAUGCUUCCCAAAGUUCCUCCACUGAGUGCUGUUGUCCGAGACACAAAAUUGCCCGCCAUCAACGAGCCAAACAGCGCAAAAUCAACGCAGCUAUCAAAAUGUGACCUGCCGCUGUCUCAGGAUGAUUCUGAAGCAGGCACUCCUUUUGGAGCUGUGCGGAACAAUUUGGAGGAAAAGUUUGACAGUCAAAAGGAUCCUGUUCAUGAUGAGGAUACCAAAGAGCAACCGGCGGAUGGAACCGUGACAACAGAAUCGCAAGACAUGGAGGAUAAAAAAACCGCUGCCAAGGAAUCACAAGAGGAAAUCCCAGCCUCCUCUGAUGACAAUGCUGAAUCAAACGACGUGGAAAUGAAGGCGGCGGACGAGAGCCCGGACGUUGCGGAAGACUCGGAGGAAGUGGAAGUGGAGAUUGUAGAGCCAAAAGAAACUGAGGUCGAGACUGCUGCAAAAGAGAGCAAUAAUGACCAAACCGAGAACCAAAUGGAAGUGGACGACUCGUCGCAACCAGACGAUAGCUCGCAAUCAGAUGACAAGUCACAAGCCAUGGAAAAGUCGGUGGAGAUUGCAACGUCCCCCAAGACUGGCGCAGGCGUCACGCCGGCCAAGUCACGGCUUGACAAGCAAGAAGCCAUGGUGGUCAAGUAUUGUGCUCAAGCCAGUGAGCUUGUGGCAAAGGCCAGAGCUGGCCUCGACGAAGAAUCCAUCACAAUCCCCUUGCCAUCGACUGAUGGUAUCGAAAUCGGGUCGCCCGAGGAGUUUCCUGACGUCGCAGUGGAGCAUCUUGUCUGUCUGCUGGAAGGAAGCAAACUCCCGCUUGCUGAAUUGGCAGUCGGUGCCUGCAACACAUUGAACGAAGCAUUCAACGGUGCAUCGCUGUCAGUGGACGUCGUGUCGGCCAAAAUCAAGGUGCUUGCCAGUAGGAGGGCCUACGUAAAGAACCCCGCAAUCGCAAAAGGAGUGAUAGGGCCAAACAACCUAGGGAAGGACGUGGAUACUUUUGAAGAUGGCAACCCUGAUCACAUGUGGCGCUGGGAAGUCACAUCUACAGACCUCCUCCCCGACGGCUCAGUCAAGCAGAUCAAGCUAGCGAGAUCUGCUGGAUCGAAACUGAUGAAGCAGUGGAACGCGACCGCAAGUCUGCUCAAAGCCUUGGACGACUCUCUCAAGCUGCUACGUGACUCGCCCAAUCCACCACCACAAGAAAAGAUUGACAAGGCCCUAGCCAAGAUUAGCAAAGAGGAAGAGAGGGUGCUAAAGUAUGAGAGAGAGGAAGAGGCAAAGAAGCAAAAAGCCAACAAGAGUCGUCAAAAAGAAGAGAAGAAAAAGGCUGCUGAGGAAAAGAAAAUGGCUGCUGAGGAACGCAAGCGAGAGAAGGAAAGAAAGGCGCGUGAAAAAGAGGAGGCAAAGAAGGAAAAGGAAGAGGAAGCGCGGAAAAAGCAAGAGAAGGAGGAAAGAAGAAAACAGAAGCAAGCGCAGAAAAUGAUGUCCUUCUUUUCUACUGCCAAGAAGCAAACACCAAAGAGUUCGACCUCUACAACGACUGUCCAAUCCGCCCAAUCCGCAAAGCCGACUUCGACGACAGCCGACAAUGCCAGCAAGCCAAUCGCUACAAAGAAGAACGGUUUCGAUGAAGAGGAGUUUAGGGCACGCAUCAACUCUCAGUCCGUUGCAAAGGAAACGAGACCUUUUGCCUCGCUUUCGAAGCGUGCUCGAGCCAGUCGCAAACGCAAGACGAAGCUUGUCGAGAUGCGCGUGUUUGUAUCUGGCCAAACCUCUGAUAAUAAUGGUUUCGCACCACAGGCUUUCGCGAAAGAACUAGUGGUCAAACUGCGCAACCGAAACAAAUUCCUUCGCUUUAACGAAGAUGACAGACCCGCUUAUCAUGGGACGUGGAGCAAGAAAUGCGCCACCAAACACUUGGGCAGGAAACCGACUAGCAAGGAGCCUUGUUUCGAUUACGAUUACGAUAGCGAGGUUGAAUGGGAAAAGGGCGAUGACGAUCCAGGCGAAGACAUUGAGAACGACGCCGGAGACGACGAAGAAGAGAGGGCACUUGAUCGUCUCGAAGAGGGCGACACAAAGAAAUACAACUACGGGGACGGGUGGCUCCAAGAGGAUGACGAUAUCAUUCGCGAAGACCCUGAGGAAAUGGAUGACGACACCAAGAAGCUGGUCAAAGCGACCAGAAAGGACACGGACGUUGCAGCCGUGCCCGUCUGCAUUGUAGCACCAGCCAUGGGAGGGUUGCCAGUAGUCGAAGCGCACGACCAGGACGAUCCUCGUUUGCAGGGACGAAUUGAAGGUUUUCCGGUCCAAGAUGCGUUCAAGCUCGUGUUGGCUCACGAGAGCGCCAUUCUGGUUACUGACACCGACCUUUUUCUUGAUGCCUUUCCACCUUCGCUCGUCGAGGAACGCGACGGCUCAGCCACGGCUUCAGGUUCGCCUCAAUCCAAAGCCAAAGAACCAUCAAAAGAAGACCUGCGCACCUGCGCUAAAUUUCUUCAUAAUUCCAAGCAUGUCUCCAAGGCGAUUGCUGUGGAAGAGAUGCGCAAGAAAUAUCCCUCGGUCACUACCAGUCGUGCCCAGGCGACGCGAGUGCUCGAAUCCAUGGUCGUAAAGAAGCGUCUCUCGGGCGUCGUCUACUGGGAAAUCAAGCCAGAUGUUAUCAAGGAUCUGGGUCUGGAACAUGAAUUGAAGCCCAUGGAGAUUCCAGAGAAGACUCCUGACAAAGCUCAAAGCAAGAAACGCAAAGCUGCCAAUGCCUCGGAUACUAGUUGUGAUCAGCCAAAGAAGAAGAAAGCCAAAGCGCAGCCCAGUGGAGGAAGCGGCCCCAACAAGAAACAAGCAAGUCUGAUGGCUGCCUUUCUCAAAAUGCCAGUGAACAAGUAAGCUGCGUUUGACUAGCAACAUCAAAGGGGGAUACAAGUAUAGUUGUGAUGGUAUUUUUUAAAAGGACUUAGUUCUUGACUCCUGCACCGCGGUAGCAGAGGAGCAAGCCACCAUGCCAGCUAGACUAGUAGCCUAUUUGAGAAUUGGUCCUUGAUAGCCAGCUAUCGUGGGCUAGCUAGAGGUGACAGUAACCGUUACUGCCACCUCUUCAGAUCUCUGCUCUAGCUGGCACCAUGUGCUCUUCUGUUGAAGAUUCGGUGAUUCGAUUCAAUCAUUCUGUUGGCGCCCCUUUGUAUCGGAGACCUUAAAAAAGGUGUUUGGUCGUUGCGAUUGGCGCCAGCUCGCAGACCUGUCCCUGGGCCACACGGGAAAUCUAAAAGGGCUCAUCGGUCUGGGGAUACCGGUACCGUUCAUCUGGUGGUUCAGAAUAAGGAAACUCCACAACUGCGUUUUCUUCUAAUUUGCAUAUCUCCAAAUUUGUAAAACUCUGUUUUGGUUUGUUCUCUUAUUAUUCCAACCAGGUAUUUAUUUUUCAACAUUCCUGAAUUCAACAUUGUUUCUCCUUACUAUCAUAGUAUGCAUAUAGUAUUUUGAACAUUUUCCAGCCAAACCAACCAGACGCACGG